CGGGCGGGCGGCGGGAGUCGGCGCCCGCGGUUCCUGUCCCUGGAGUCGAGGCGCUGGCGGACGCGCGUCCGGGGAUGGCCUUCAUGGAGAAGCCGCCGGCCCGCAAGGUGCUGCUGGACGACACGGUGCCGCUGACAGCAGCCAUCGAGGCGAGCCAGAGCCUGCAGUCGCACACGGAGUAUAUAAUUCGGGUGCAAAGAGGAAUUUCUGUAGAAAACAGCUGGCAGAUUGUUAGGAGAUACAGUGACUUUGAUUUGUUGAACAACAGCUUGCAGAUUGCGGGCCUCAGUCUACCUCUUCCCCCCAAAAAACUGAUUGGUAACAUGGAUCGUGAAUUCAUAGCUGAGAGGCAGAAAGGUCUUCAGAACUAUCUCAACGUCAUCACCACAAAUCAUAUCUUGUCUAAUUGUGAGCUGGUGAAGAAGUUUUUAGAUCCAAACAACUAUUCUGCAAACUAUACUGAGAUUGCCUUACAGCAAGUUUCCAUGUUCUUCCGAUCAGAACCAAAGUGGGAGGUGGUGGAACCUUUGAAAGACAUAGGUUGGAGGAUAAGGAAGAAAUAUUUCUUGAUGAAGAUUAAAAAUCAGCCAAAAGAACGGCUCGUGUUAAGCUGGGCUGACCUUGGUCCCGACAAGUAUCUGUCAGAUAAAGAUUUUCAGUGUCUAAUCAAACUUCUGCCUUCCUGUUUGCACCCUUAUAUCUAUCGAGUUACCUUUGCCACAGCUAACGAAUCCUCAGCAUUGCUUAUUAGGAUGUUUAAUGAAAAAGGAACUUUGAAGGACCUGAUCUACAAGGCAAAACCAAAAGACCCGUUCCUCAAGAAGUAUGGCAACCCUAAGAAGAUUCAGGGCCUUGAACUCCAGCAAAUAAAAACAUAUGGGCGGCAAAUAUUAGAGGUAUUAAAGUUUCUACAUGACAAGGGAUUCCCUUAUGGGCAUCUUCACGCCUCCAAUGUGAUGCUAGAUGGUGACACUUGCCGGCUGCUAGACCUUGAGAAUUCCUUAUUGGGUCUUCCUUCCUUCUACCGAUCCUGUUUUUCACAAUUCAGGAAAAUCAAUACAUUGGAAAGCGUGGACGUCCAUUGCUUUGGCCACUUACUGUAUGAGAUGACUUAUGGACGGCCGCCAGACUCAGUGCCUGUAGACUCCUUCCCUCCUGCACCGUCUAUGGCUGUGGUGGCCGUGUUGGAGUCUACGCUGUCUUGUGAAGCCUGUAAAAAUGGCAUGCCUACCGUCUCCCGGCUCUUACAGAUGCCAUUAUUCAGUGAUGUUUUACUAACCACUUCUGAAAAGCCACAGUUUAAGAUCCCCACAAAGUUAAAAGAGGCAUUGAGAAUUGCCAAAGAAUGUAUAGAAAAAAGACUAAUUGAAGAACAGAAACAGAUUCACCAGCAUCGAAGAUUAACAAGAGCUCAGUCUCAUCAUGGAUCUGAAGAAGAAAGGAAAAAGAGAAAGAUUUUAGCUCGAAAGAAGUCAAAACGAUCUGCUGUUGAAAACAGUGAAGAGCAUUCAGCAAAAUACAGCAACUCCAAUAAUUCAGCAGGAUCUGGGGCCAGCUCACCUCUCACAUCCCCGUCAUCACCGACUCCACCAUCUACAGCAGUAGAGCAUGCACCAUUUUGAACGUGAAUUUUCGGUAAAGUAAGCUAUACUGAUUUCUCUAACUUUAAAGAUGCUCUGUUUCUGGCUGUGAAAUGGGACCCAGUGCAUCUAGAUCACUGAAGUGAUGAACAAAUGGGAAAGCAGAUUUGGGAGGAUUUCCUUAUUUGAACAUUUAAAUGAAAUACAGCAUCUUUAAAAACACUCAAGUGACUUCAUUUACAUUCAUUUCAUUUUCACCGUGACCUUCAAAAUCCUCAUUUUCACUCUGAUUAUAGUUUUAAAAUACAACUCUAAAACCUGCAUAUCAACUGCAUGGUAUUUUGUUAUGUUUUAAUUUGGGAAAGUAGGAUCUCAGAGUCUUGAUGGAGCAAAAAUAUUGGUUUGCUAUUACUCUGAUGAAGGGAAAGAGUGUUAGCCGAUUGACAUCUCAGUUCUUAGUUACAGGAAGACAACUCACUGACAUUUUAUAACUGACAGCAGGGAAAAACAGCUCUCUUUUAAGCAUCCCUAAUAACUCUUGAGUUUGGACAUGAGGGCAGCCUCCUCAUCCAUCUGAGGCAAAAUACCAAGGCAAUUGCCAAGAGCUGGGAGGGCUGUCUGCUUCCAGGGGUCACUGUACUCUGUUCCCUCUGAGGGUGGCUAGCAGCUCUGGUCUUAGUCUCAUGGCCACGUGGUCUCCCCACUUCUAUUCGUGGACCACAAAGGAACUCGUGAUCUACAGAGACCCAUAGAUUGCCCACUGCUAAAACUGGCCCCAGAGAGAGGGGACCUCCCCCCAGACAUCCUUUCUCCGAGGCUGGUGAAGAUGUUUCUGGCCAAGUAUUCCACCCUAGAUCUAACCUAUGUUCUUCUGGAACAGUCUGUGGUCUGUUCCAGGGCCUCUACUGGAUUACCAGGUUCUCACUAGUUUGGUGGAUGGGAUUCUGGGGAGGAUAAAAGUAGUUGGCUUUUGGGAUUUUUGUCUAUAAGAGUAGUUACGAUGGAAGAGAACUAUUUGGGAGCAGCCCUCAUCUUGGGUUUGCAGGCCAAUAUUUUUCAAAGAUGGGUGAAUUCAGUUGACAACCAAGCUUUUUUUUCCCCUUCAAAUUUUUACUUAAAUUCUAGUUAGUUAGCAACUGAUGUAACAUGGAAUCUGCCUGGUCUUGUCUGUGGCCUGCGGAUAAGGACUAUUGGGUACUUGGUGGGGGACAAGUCAGUGGCACUCAGGCAUUAGGCGGCUUUUCCCAGGUCCACCUCAGACCAAAUAGCCAGCUCUGAAUUUGACCCAUAUCAAUAUUGCAACUGGUAGAAUGUGUUGUAGCUUAAGCCCCAAUGAACCUUUAAAGGAAUCUUGUGGACUAUAGAGGAAGUAAAAAGAAAAUGCCAAAAAAACCCUGGUGGGGCCUGUCAUCAGAGGCUGAAUCCUUGGGUCUGUGUUCUUACUUCGUCCAUUACUGACCUUCUAACUCGGGGACCUCCUUCCCUCUUCUAGAGUGUUCUGAGCUGGCAAGAUGAGAUCUGGCCUUACCCUGAUUAUACAUCAAGAUCUGCCUUAGUUGUCGCAGGCCCAGUGAGGAAGAGUGGGCCUUGUGGGACAGUUAGGCCCUCUGGGUCUGGUCUGGCCCUCUGAGCAGAUGUCAGGGUGACCUUGCUCCUUACCCUUGAAUGAGCAGCCUCUCCUUUUGUACAACCUCGACAUCUCAUUUGCUUUAUAAGCACAAGUUACUCUGUGAUGCUUGGGACCGUGUGUUUAUUUACACUACCUACAUAUUCAAAGAGAUUCAUUUAAAGUCCUAACAAUCUCAGCCUUUACUUGGAAACUUAAGAUCCAUGUACUGAACACCACCCCCAACUCCAAACUCUGAGAUAGUCAAUUUGCACUUUUAAUUUUGAGUGGCUGAUAAUGAAGCCAAAGUCGAGGGUUGGCUCCUUGCGAAGACCAAGCAGAUUUGUUCUGUGCCAAGAGGCAGCCGAAAUCCAGGUCCAGUUGCUGAGACCCACCCCUAGCCUUCCAGAAUCCUGGGCUGGAAGGGUGACAGGUCCCUGGACAGGUCACUCUUUGCCUUUAGUAGUGUGCAAGUGCUGUUGCAGCCCAGAGCUUGUCUUCUAUCUUGUUACCUGCAGUGACUCUUCUCCAGGGUCAAAGCACAAUUGUGAGCUGACAGGCAGAAAUUCUGGAGCCCAUUCUGGAACACAGUGGGCCCUGUGUGGUGGGGUAUCGGAGCCUGCUGGCUCCUCGAGGGCACUCUUGGUGCUGCUAUUAGGUCCCAAGAGCCUUCAGAGACACACCCCCACCCCCACCGGGAUUUCACAGGCCACUCUCCAAAAACUCCCUCAGAGGAAUGCUUCUAGCACACUUAUCCUCCCUGUUCUUCUCACCUCAGCAGUUAUUAUGGGUUUAAAGUCUUUUUUAUCUUUGUAACCUUGUAACAUGAAGCUGGGAACAUUUUUCCAGGAGACACCCUGGCAGAGAACAUAACAGAACAUCAUUCAUUUGUUGUUACUGUAUAGAACCAGUGAGAAUUACAUUUUGUUCAUUUGUAUUUAACGUUUAUUCAUAUUAUAUUUUCAUUUUUUGAGAAUUCUGAGAUUGCAGAGCAUGAAUGUGUGUAUCUGUGUGAUUCUUUAAUUUCAGCUGCCUUCGGUUUUAGUAAAAGAUGUAACGAAGGUAAGUGGUUUUCUAUGAAAUACAAGACUGAACCGUUAUGUCGCACACUUGGUAAAAAGGAUCUCUUAGCGAAGUAUUUUAUGGGUGAUCCUGAACCACUCGUCCCUAUAAACUCAAGUGGUAAUGGUAUGCCUACUUGUUACCACCACAGCUCAGUAGCAGGUUGGAGGGGAAGAACACCUAACAGAGUGUCUCUCUAGGGUAGCCCUGGGAUGGACCAAGGGCAAGGCUUGAAACAGGGGAGUCACCGAGUGCUGCAAGGCUCACAGGAAAUGGGGCAGCUAACUCUGUGGCACUAGCAAGUUCUUUAAAGCAGGUCUUUUGCUGUACUCAGUUUUUAUCUUGUCCUAGGAGAAUAAUUCGUCUAUUCAGAACUAUAAAUGUCAACUGCCAAGUGUUCAUGUGCCUGGAAGCUAAGUUUUAGAUACGUGUCCAGAUUCCUUCUCCUCACCCACCAGGGUAGAGUCUCUCCUGAUGCUUCAGCAAAGAUGUAGGGUUAUUACCGUUCGAUUCUGUUCCUGGUUUAGGCCGCAGUGGAAAGAAGGUGCUGAUGAAGACUCAUCCCUGAGAAUACCAUUGCCAGGGAAAAGAGCCUUCUGCCCCUUGCUUUGCACUGUUAAUAGUUAUUAGCCUAUUAUAUUUCUUUAAUGCAGCCUAAUAGAAAAUGAUGAUUGGAGACACAGGCCCUUGGGGAACCCUUAACCUAGCAGGCACUGGUUCCUUGCCGAGAAUUCUGAGUGGUUUGUCAUUUUCUAUUAAAUCACGUCCUUCAAAUGUUGUGUAUGUUGGAGCAGCUAAAGAAAUGUUCAUCCUUUAUCAGUAAUUGAUAUUCAGGUAGCCCAACUCUGCAUACAAAUGUCUAUUUUUACUUGCUAGCUCAGUAGGUGCCCUGGACCUGCCUAAAACAGCUGAUGGAACUUUGGGAUCAUCGCUAAAAUUUGGAAAUGGAGUUAGAGCCUCAUCUACACGGAGAACGGAGAGAAUGUCACUAUGUAUAGUUUCAUGUAAUCUUUGAUAUUCAGUCUUAGUUGACUAUUAUCUGGGGAAAUUAAUUCCUCUUUGAUGCUUCUAGCUUUCUUGUUCAGCAUUUUAAAAAAACAUAACAGGACCAGGUUUUCUUGGUCCCUCUGUGGGAAAAUAUUUGCAGUCUCAUCAAAGCGUGUUCCAUCCAGGACUGGGCAGUAACAUGUGUGCAGGGUGUUUGGAGAGAUGAAUCUGACUGUCCCCUUUCUCCCAAACCUAGGGAUGUCCGCAUUACCUCCACCUCCUCCACCUCCGCCUCCGCCUCCACCACCAGCAGCUCCCUUGCUUCCUGCGAGCACAGAGGCGCCUACACAGCUCCCGCCCCAGGCUGUGAAUGGUGUGAGCCGAGGGGCCUUACUCA